AGGAGCGGCGCAAAGGAGACCCCCGCAGGAUGGAGGAUGAGGCGGUUUUGGAUAGAGGGGCCUCUUUCCUGAAGCACGUCUGUGAUGACGAGGAGGUGGAAGGUCAUCAUACAGUCUACAUCGGGGUUCACGUGCCUAAAAGUUACCGAAGAAGACGCCGCCACAAAAGAAAGCCCAAGGAAAAGAAAGAAAAGGAGAAAAUUUCUGAAAAUUCGGACCGGUCUGACAUCGAAAAUGCUGAUGAGACGAGCAGUAGCAUCCUCAAACCACUCAUCUCCCCCGCCGCCGAACGCAUCCGCUUCAUUUUGGGCGAAGACGAUGAUAGUCCCGCACCACCCCAGCUCUUCACGGAACUGGAUGAACUACUGGCGGUCGAUGGGCAAGAGAUGGAGUGGAAGGAGACGGCAAGGUGGAUAAAAUUUGAAGAAAAAGUAGAACAGGGAGGAGAAAGGUGGAGUAAACCACACGUCGCCACGUUGUCUCUUCACAGCUUGUUUGAGUUGAGGACGUGCAUAGAGAAAGGGUCAAUCUUGCUAGAUUUGGAGGCAUCAUCACUUCCUCAGGUAGUAGAGAUGGUUGUUGACAAUCAGAUUGAGACAGGCCUAUUGAAGCUGGACAUGAAGGACAAAGUCACCUACACGCUGCUCAGGAAGCAUCGGCACCAGACCAAAAAAUCCAACCUACGGUCCUUGGCUGACAUCGGGAAGACUGUCUCCAGUGCAAGUAGGAUGUUUACCAACCCCGAUAAUGGCAGCCCAGCCAUGACGCACAGAAACCUGACUUCCUCCAGUUUGAAUGACAUCUCUGACAAACCUGACAAAGAGCAGUUGAAAAACAAGUUCAUGAAGAAAUUGCCUCGAGACGCUGAGGCCUCCAAUGUCCUGGUUGGGGAGGUAGACUUCUUGGAAGCCCCAUUCAUUGCCUUCGUUCGGCUGCAACAAGCAGUUAUGCUCGGUGCUCUCACAGAAGUUCCUGUUCCUACUCGGUUUCUGUUCAUUUUGCUGGGUCCCAAAGGCAAAGCUAAAUCAUAUCACGAGAUUGGCAGAGCCAUUGCCACUUUGAUGUCCGAUGAGGUAUUCCACGAUAUUGCCUAUAAAGCCAAAGACAGGCAGGACCUGAUCGCUGGGAUUGAUGAGUUCCUAGAUGAAGUCAUUGUCCUUCCUCCUGGGGAAUGGGACCCUGCCAUCAGGAUAGAGCCCCCCAAGUCCCUCCCCUCGUCUGACAAAAGGAAAAACAUGUAUUCAGGUGGUGAGAAUGUGCAGAUGAAUGGAGACACGCCUCAUGAUGGGGGAAAUGGAGGUGGUGGACAUGGAGAUUGUGAAGAAUUGCAACGAACUGGCAGAUGUUUUGGUGGUUUGGUCAAAGACAUCAAGAGGAAAGCCCCUUUCUUUGCCAGUGACUUUUAUGAUGCAUUCAACAUCCAAGCACUGUCUGCCAUUCUCUUCAUCUAUCUUGCUACUGUAACUAAUGCCAUCACUUUUGGAGGCCUGUUGGGAGAUGCAACAGAUAACAUGCAGGGCGUAUUGGAAAGCUUUCUGGGUACAGCUGUUUCAGGAGCUGUCUUUUGCCUUUUCGCCGGCCAGCCGCUCACGAUACUGAGCAGCACUGGCCCUGUUUUGGUCUUUGAGCGACUUUUAUUUAAUUUUAGCAAAGAUAAUAGCUUUGACUAUCUGGAGUUUCGCCUCUGGAUUGGCUUGUGGUCGGCCUUCCUGUGUCUCCUUCUGGUUGCUACUGAUGCCAGCUUCUUGGUCCAGUACUUCACCCGUUUCACAGAAGAAGGGUUCUCUUCCUUGAUCAGCUUCAUUUUCAUUUAUGAUGCAUUCAAGAAGAUGAUCAAAUUAGCAGAUCAUUACCCCAUCAAUUCCCAUUUUAAAGAGGACUACAUCACACUUUUUUCCUGUACCUGUGCACCUCCAGAUCCAGUCAAUGCCUCCUUAUCCAACGAGACAACUACACCAUCCUGGUCUGAAAGUAGCAGUGCUGAGAUGCACAAUGGCACAAUUGACUGGUCAUCUCUGGCAAAGGACGACUGCUUGAAAUUUGGAGGCGUUCUGAUGGGCAACAACUGCAAAUAUGUUCCUGACAUUACUCUCAUGUCAUGUAUCCUCUUCCUGGGAACCUACACCUGCUCUAUGGCCUUGAAGAAGUUCAAGACCAGUCGUUACUUCCCAACUACUGCAAGAAAGUUGAUCAGUGACUUUGCCAUCAUUCUUUCCAUUCUGAUUUUCUGUGGAAUUGAUGCUCUGGUAGGUGUGGAUACACCAAAACUCCUUGUGCCAAGUGAAUUCAAGCCAACAAGCCCUCACCGAGGAUGGUUCGUUGCCCCUUUUGGAGGGAACCCUUGGUGGGUCUACCUAGCAGCUGCCAUCCCUGCUCUGCUGGUGACAAUCCUCAUCUUCAUGGACCAGCAAAUCACCGCUGUUAUUGUCAACCGGAAAGAACACAAACUCAAGAAAGGUGCUGGCUACCAUCUGGAUCUCUUCUGGGUGGCAGUGCUGAUGAUUAUAUGUUCCUUCAUGGGCCUGCCAUGGUAUGUUGCUGCUACUGUGAUCUCCAUUGCGCACAUUGACAGCUUGAAGAUGGAGACGGAGACAUCAGCACCUGGCGAGCAGCCCAAGUUCCUUGGAGUCAGAGAACAGAGAGUGACUGGGGUUAUUGUGUUCAUUCUGACUGGCGUUUCAGUCUUCAUGGCUCCCAUCUUGAAGUUUAUUCCCAUGCCUGUGCUAUAUGGAGUGUUUCUAUACAUGGGUGUUGCUUCCCUUAAUGGAGUGCAGUUCAUGGAUCGUCUGAAGUUGCUCUUGAUGCCUCUCAAGCACCAGCCUGACUUUAUCUACCUACGACAUGUCCCCCUCCGCCGAGUCCAUCUCUUUACUUUCCUCCAAGCAGUAUGCCUGGCUCUUCUUUGGAUCUUGAAGUCUACAGUGGCUGCCAUUAUAUUCCCAGUCAUGAUCCUGGCACUUGUGGCAGUCCGAAAAGCCAUGGACUACCUCUUCUCCCAGCAUGACCUCAGUUUUCUCGAUGACGUCAUUCCAGAAAAGGACAAGAAGAAGAAAGAGGAUGAGAAGAAAAAGAAGAAAAAGAAAGGCAGCUUGGAUAGUGACAAUGAUGACUCUGACUGUCCUUACUCAGAAAAAGUCCCAAGUAUUAAAAUUCCAAUGGACAUCAUGGAACAGGAACCUUUCCUAAGUGAUAGCAAACCUUCCGACAGAGAAGAAUCACCAACAUUCCUUGAACGCCAUACAUCAUGCUGAUAAAAUUCCUUACCUCCACUCCCACACAAUGCCAAGCCCUCCACGAACUCCAAUGAAAGUUGUGCCUCAAAUUAGAAUAGAGCUUGAUCCUGAAGAUGGUGGUUAUUUCUGGAGGAGCAAGGGAACAGAAACUACUUUGUAACUUGUUCAUUAAUCUUCUGAACUGGCUUUUUUCAUUUCUUCCUCUUUUCGUCGGUUUUACUAGCCAAAUAUUCAAUUGAUCUCUGCCUAGGGAAAUGCAAGACAUGUGGCUUCCCUCUCCAUUGGGUCUUUCAUCUCAUUUUUCUCCCUCCACUUGGUAUGUUCUUCUCCUUAGUCUAUUUCUUUUUUCUUUCAUUCUGACCAAUACAUGUGGAUUUUUUUGUUUUUGCCUUCUCAACGUUGUGCGUACGUACGCCUCCUCUGGACCUUUUCACCAGAGAGUGGAAGUAUUAAGGAUAUAUUAUCAUGGCUUUGUGAAAUGUCAGCCGAACUGUUAUUAUUUUGGGGUGUUGGGGAUAUUUUUUAGUUGUGGAUCGAUCAGUGUUUUUCUUUCUUUUCUUCAUGGUUAUUUUUUUUUAAAAAAAUCUCUAGCAGAACAAAACUGACCUCCAGGCAAAAUCCCCAUAGUUCUGUACUCCUGGAAAAAUGCUGCUAAUCUUAAUAUGCUUGUAAUGUCACUUUUGCUUCUUUAGUCUCAAGCACAGAAAAUGGAAAUGGUACAUCCUUGCACAGACAAACUUUUAUUUUCUUUUUUUUUUUGCCAGCACUGUAUAGUGUGUGUUUGGAAUCCUGUCCUAUGCAACUUUUAUUCUGUAACACUUCAGUGGAUUCUUAACCGGUCAGCUGCAUUGACAAGUGUUAUUCUUGUUUCUUAGAUGAAAUCUGUUUUAAAUUAUGGGGCCUAACCUGCGACUUACUUUUUUGUCAAUUUUUUAACCAUUUUUUAAAAAGAAUUACUGUAAAGAAAAAUGAAUUUUUUUCCUGCAGCAGGAAACUUAUAGUUUUGAGUAGUUCUACCUCUUAUUUCUAGAUGUUGGACUUUCUCUUUAAAAAUGAAAAGACAAAAAAAGAAGAAAGAUUUAAUAAUAAUAAUAAUUAAUAAUAAUAGUAAUUGUAUAGAAUGUUAUAUAAUGUGAUUUUUACAAAAGAACAAAAUAUACAAAAAUAUACAAUCUCAAGGGUAUAUGGCAUCAAUAUAUAAUAAUACCUUUCAUAGUUCUUUCUCUUCUCUCGUCCUCUUACUUCCCUUCAAUUUGUAUUUUCUUCUUAACCAUCUGUCCUGAUCUGAUUUUGUCACGUAAUUCUUGGUGGAGUCUUUUUUCAAAGCAUCUGGCACAAACUUCUCUGUCUUGCUGCCAUGCUGCCUGCCUUCAUCUUAUAAGAGACUUCUGCCAACUUCCUACAUAAACUCCAUUAAUACAAACAGGGCAUGUGUCGUGGUAACACAUUCAGAGUUACCUUCAGACAGGAAUGAGUGUUGUCGAAUGAGCAGAUGCAGACUGAAGUCAUGUGUUGAUUUUCUUUUAUUGAUAUCACUAUUAUUUUAUUUGUACCAAUUUGCUGGCACGUUGUAUGUGUUGUGUGUCUGUGUGUGUGUCCACACUUGCAGAUUUAAUAUCAAGUAGAAUGGAAAUUAUUUGAAGGGAGGGGAUUUAGAGCCUUAAUUAUUGGUCUGCAUACUGUAGCUCAUGCUUAGCAAAUCAUAUGUGGAGUGCAUUUUAGACAAGGUUGAUAGCCCUUGCUUCAUGCCAUGUCAUUUUUGUUAUGCUCUUAGAUGUCAUUCUGGAUCAGUCUAUACCGAUGUAUGUUGUUCUGGGCUAAACCAUUUCAGUCUACAGGUGGAAAUAUUCUCUUUGAAUGUCCCCCUAUAGAAACGCCCUGCAGUGUGCAUAGGAACACAACAUAUAUGUAGGAGUAAGUUGGGGCCCGUUUCAUCACUCCUAUGCUCUCUUGACUUUUCUCAGUGCACAGAGUAGGGAUUUACAUCAUUGCUCACAUGUGAGAAUUAAGCUUUUCACAUUUCUUCUUUCUGCUGGGAGAGAGAGUUUUGUGCAUUGUUGGAAAGAUGUUUGCAUAUCAACGUUUUUGUGAAAGAUUUCACAAAGUUUUGUUUUUUGCACAAAAGCAGUUUUUUGUGCUAAAUGUCUUUUGUGCUAAACGGCUGCUUGUUGAAUUAAAUGUAAUGCUUUUUAUACUCUCUUUUUUUGCACAUAAAUGUUUUGCACAUACAAAGAAGCAUCUCUAAAUUUUCACAGCAGUCCCAAAUGAAUUAAAUACAUGCAUGCAUACAUAAAUGCAUGCAUUGGCCUUUUAGCAAUCACAUGAGGAUGAAAGAUUUUUAUAGUGGUUGACUUGUGUAAGUGGGGUGUCUCAACAUACUCCGGAUGAGGAAAUUCAUUCUGUAUGUCCCAUACAAUUGACUGGAAAUGGGACUUAGAAUGUCAUGUCCAUCAUCUGUUACUCAGACCAAAAUAAGCAGUCUGACGUAAUUCUGAGGUCAGCAUAAUAGAAUGGACACUGCAUCCCACACUAAUGCUGCCUGUUAAAUAAUUGGAAACUGACCCAGUGGCUCUCAGAGGAUCCCAAAAUGCAACUGUGACCACAUUAAAGGGCAGCCUAUAUAGACUUGAGCAACAGCUUCGGCAUACACCCCAGUCUUCUUGAAACAUAUAUUAUUGUUCCUUUAAAUUCUGCAGGCUUUAUUUUUUGUGUUGUUGCAAAAGCUGUCUCUGUCCAGGGCCCAUCGUUCCAGAUUAGAGCUGUUAUGCUGUUAUGCUGAAUGUAGGUCUGUUUCUACCAGCAUUAUCCAACAGAAGUAACUUACUUUUGCAGUGAAAUGCAUCACCCUUGAACCCAUCUGCAUGGACAAUGCAUUGCAGACUCCAGUUGUCUCAAGUAUGAAAUGGCUUGGAAUGUCUUAGAUUUCUCAGUGCAGAUGGUUUCAGCAUGACUGGAAAAGACUAUUCCUUUAUACGGAAAUAGAUGCAUUGAUCUCCUGGAUUUAGGAGGUUUGCUGAAAGUGCACCUUAUUCACACCAAAGGAAAGUAAAAAAGCACAAAAGGAAAACAGAAUGGUGAAAUGGACACUUCCAAGUCCCCACUUGUUCACACAUUCAGACCUUUUUCCCAUUUGGUGGUCUCUAGUGGUCAGUCUCUCCCAACAAAGUAAUUCCAUCCCUAAAAUCUAUUAAUUAUACUUGAAUCGACUGCAGCAAUGUUUGACUGCUCAACACAAUGCCUUGUCAUAUACAGAGUCCCCUAUUGUUCAGGGGAAAUGACAAAGAAGAAUGUUUCCAUUAUUUAUAUCAGUUUAGUGCAAGAAAGGGACUGGGAAGGGGCAAGGGACAAGAAUCUUGGGAUGUUGCAUUGCAAGUAUUCCUGGCAUUAGCUACCUGAUUUAUUUAUUUAUUUGCUUCAGACUACUAAGCAUGAUGGACAUAUUUGCAUUGUAGCUUAUGUUGGUACUAUUGCACCAAUUUAAGUGGUACGGCUUUCUUCUGCAGAUAAUCUGGUGAAUUGCUGAUCCGGUUUCCUCAGCACUAUCACAUCGUUGCAGAAUCCCAUAUGGGAUGAAAUAAUGCCUUUACAACCAAAAUAUAGAAUUGAGAGAUAUGCACACAAAUAUAUUGAAUUGUGGGAAAGAAGCACUUUCUUUGUAGUGUAAUUUUACCUAAUGUGGUUGGUAAAGGUUGGUUCCCCUGUUGCAAUAGCCCUUGCAACUUUGGUUGCCAAAGUCAGAGCUCUCCUGUUUUUAACAGGAGACUGCAGAUGGAGAACUGUCAGGACCUGAUAGGACAAAAAUGUAUGGGUGAAUGAGAUGUGAGAGCAACACUCUUGUGUUAUGGCUUAGAGGCCCUGCACAGUAAAAAAGCUAUCAUUUAGGUCCUAUUAUUACUGGACCAACAUUAAUGUGGCUGAUAGGCUGGCUCAUCAGACUUUAAGUCUCGCCCCCCCCCCCAAAUGGGAGAAUGGGCAAGUGGGUGCCUGAACCAUGGCCUCAAACUGCAAUUCAAGGCUUAGUCUUGUAUGCAAACAGAGAGGGCAGAUUGGGGCACUGUCUGCUUCAAAAGAAGGUUGGCAUUGCUGCUAUUAAAGUGAACCUUUAGGUCAACCUAGUUCCUCCUGCGAGUCCAGAUAGAGCUUUCACUGUGGAAGUGUAGGAAAAGAGCAGCCCCAUGUUCUUGUGGGAAGAAUCCUGUCCAAAAAUGACUUUAUGACUAUGGGUGUGUCUUUUUAGCAAUUACCAGGAGUAGCAGAGAAUUUUGAGGCGGGAAAAAAGGAAGAGGGAAUGUUGGCUUUUUGGGCCCAGUAAGAGACCUGAUGGGAAUCUUACUAGUGAAAAAAACCACAGAAUUGUAAGGGAAUGCCCCUGCCAUGGAUUCUUGAAAGAAGGCCAUCCAACUGUUUAAACACAUCCAAAGAAAGAGAAACCACCACCCUCCAAGGAGUCUAUUCCACUGUUCAACAGCAGUUACCACCAGGAGGUUCUUCCUAUUGUUCAGUGAAUCACUUCUUGAAAUUUUAAUCCAUUGGUCCAUGUCCUAGUAUCAGCUUGUACCAUCUUCUGUAUGGCAACCCUUCACAUAUUUAAAACUUCAAUGACUAUUGUGUCACAUCUCAGUCUUCUCUCCUGCAAGUUCAUCAUACCUAGCUGCCUAAGCUGUUCCUUGUAGGGCUUGGUUACCAGAACCAGGUGGUCUUCUUUCCAAGAUCAGUGGGAGCAGAACUUGGGAAAGUUACUUUUGUGGACCAAGUAAAAUCAGGCCAUUGCCCAACUGGUUGGUGAACUUGUAGCAUUGCGGUUCAAAAAAGCAAAUAACUAUCCCAGGCUGUUCUUAGGAAAGCAUAAACAUGCUGGUGUCCAUUGAAGACUCGUACCUUUAACUUGGCACAUAUGUUCAUAGACGCAGCCUCACGUCAUCAGAAGCAUGUCUUCAGAAGGCAUGUUGCUUAGACCAAGCUCAAGGACAUGCUUUGCAAAAUGGCUUUUCCUCAGGGCUAACAUUUAUGAAGUUCUAAACAGCCAGAUAUUAUUUUGUCCCAGACCCACAAUGUGAACAUACUGCCUGCCUGUCUCUGUCUAUCUGUCUCUUUUUUGUCUCCUUUUCUUUUAAUAACCUCCUUAUAUGGUAUGUGUAUGCAUUGUUUCUCAGAAUCAAGAUGCACUUUCAGAUACAUUUUAUUGUUAUUGUUAUUGCUAUGUUAUUUGUUCAUUUUGAACUGUUUUAAAAGUCUGUAUUUGUUUUGGAUGAAUUAUGCGUUAAGAAAAACACAGCCACUUUAUCUUGAAAUGAAGAUCAACACAUCACACCGGAUUGUUUUUUUUCUUUUCUUCAAAAUACGAAAACUGAGAAGAAAACAUUUCAAAUUACUGAAUGAUUUUCCCCCAGUAAGAAAAAAGUAAAACCAUGAAAUUCCUUAUUAUAACAUUAUAGAAUUUUACAGUUUUAUGAGGCUUUCUAUUGUGACUUUUAUGGAAUCAAGAAAUGAAGAAGAUGAGAUAUUUUAGCAUUUAUAUUUUUCAAAUUAAAUGUAUACUGAAAAUAAAGUAACUUUAUGCAUUUA